AUGGCAGACGUUCUCGCGGAGUGGGGAAAACGUCACCCGCGCCUCUACGGCGAAGCGCGACUAGGUCGGUUGGAGCGGCGCCUCAUCCGUGAGCGCGUCCAGAGAGUCACCACCGAGGGCGGGGGCGACUGCCAGUUCCACGCGAUUGUCGCCGCCAUAGGACGAACCGAUCCCGAACGCGAAGUGUCGGUGGAACUUUUACGCCACCAAGCCGCGGCCUGGUUGGAGCGUCGCGUCGACGACGACGAUAUAGUGCCGGUGCGCAUCGGUUUUCUCGAUACAGCGAACGGUGCAGGACGUGAAGAUCUCAGUGAGGGUGAGAUACGCGAGGAGUUUCUGGCCGAGUGCGCAAGCCUGGGUCAGCUCGGGGGCAAGUGGGGCGACGAAUUCUCGCUCAUGGCGUUGGCCGACGUGCACAAGAUGCGCGUGCGCGUAAUAUCGGACAGUUUGUCUGCGACGCCCGACGGAGACGCCGACGUCAUCAUCGAGCCGGAAGAGGCUACGAUCGACGUAACGCUCGUUCUCAGCGGUGGCGAGCGUGCGCAGAUGCACUACGAAUCGAUCGAACCGCGCACCGCGCCCGCCGAACCCGACGAACCCGACGAACCCGACGAAGAGACGCUUCAACGAGCUCGGAACGACGUUCAGGGCACGCUCGGAGCGAUGUUGCGCGGCCGCGCCGAUGCGGACCAAAUCAUUGAGAGAACGGCGAUGGACGUCGCCUUGUGUCGAAUGAUGGCAUCAGCGCACGCGGUCGGUGACGACGAACCGCAGAGUCCUCCGAUCCUGGCGGCGACAGGCAAGCGAGCCGCACAAUUUCACGCCUCGCCGACCUACGCCGAGAGUGAUGCGCAGCACGAGCAGUCGCCGGGUGGCACGGUACGAGAGUUGCACACGGGGCGGGCGUGUCGCCCGCGUCGUCGCGCCAAGUCGCGCGGUAACUUGUUCGCCCCACUCGCAGACGGAUUCGUCGAAGACAAAGACGAAGAUGCACACGAAGACGAAGACGAACACGAAGACGAAGGGGAAGGGGAAGAAGAAGGGGAAGAGGAGAAGGAAGGGGAAGGGGCAGAGGUCGCGCACGUGCGCGCCAAAUUCGGCUCUAUUAAGAUGACCGAUUGGCGACGCGAAAUUCUAGACCAUUGUCGCCAAACCCAUAAACCGGCGACGCCGUCCCCGGCGCCGGCGGUGGAGGUUUCAGAUGAUUCGCUGGAAUCGCGCGCGCGACGAUUCGUAGGUCCCGCGAUCGCAGGGAGCGCGAAGGCUAUGUACGACGCAAACGCAAAGAUUCGCGGGGUGCUUGACGUCCACUUCGAGGCGAACUUGUCUCCCGUUUUAGAGGAGUUCGUGCUCGACGCCGAGCAGUGGCUCGCCGAUGGGGACAACAUGUCCAAGGCGAAGGACGCCAUGUUAACUUUUCUCGACCGCUGCGAGUGCUUCCCUCUCGUUGGAUUCAAGGACGCCUUCGACCCGAAGGAUGCCAGCGACGAAAGCAUCAAAUCCUUCCUACGAGAAGUCGCUCGCGUGCCUGGCUGGGUGAGCGGCGCCGACACACCCAUCCAAACGCUCAGCGGCGACAUCAUCGGCGCGCAGCGCAGAGAUACUCAAGACGCCUCAGUUGCGGGACAUCUAGCGGACACGUCAACCUGGCGCCACACGUACUUUAGUACGACGCACGUCCCGGCUUUUUUUGUGGAGCAAUUUUACGACGUCGGCGAGACGCUGGGUGACGACAAGUCGGGGGCGCUAGAACUCAUGGAGCACCUACGAACGUUAUCGAAUUGGUUGAAGUCUCGAGAACAUCGCGACUCGCGCGGCGACCUGAAGGCGAGGUUGUACGCUGAGCCGGUCAACGCGUACGUGUGGCUGGUGCGGUCCGAUGAAGGCGCGUACGUCGGCGAAUCGGAGCGCUGGUUUUCAACACGCUUGGGAGAGCAUCGAAACUACCUCAUUAGUGACGGCGACAACGCGCAGCAAGCGCACAUUCGAGCGAGAGACAACACGCUCGUCCGUUACGUCGACUUCACGGUGAGCGGCAAUCCAUCAAAGUGCUGGGAACCUAUCGUCGACGCCAACGUCCGGUUCCACGCCAUCACUCACCCGACGAGACGUCGAAUGGGACGACUGCUCAGCGCAUUCGUGGCCUUUGUCCUCGAGUACCGCGCGACGCACAAGUCGAACAAGCCGAAAUACGUACGAAUGCACGCGCUCGCUGCUCUGGGCGCGUUCGAUGGAAUGUUUGUUGAAAUAGUCUGGACCUAUUUUCUGAAAACGUGGAUCGAGCUGGGUUCGACGUGGGCCUUGAACCGAGCGACGCCGGGCAUUCGCAUCGCCGGUCACCGCAAGGUGCCGGUCGUCUCCAUGGCAGACACUGCCGGCUUCGCCACAAACCCGUGGGUGCUGCGCUGUUACGGAGAAGACACCGACCGCGCCGCGACUGCGGUACGCACCAUGAGCAGCAUAGUGCUCGCACGUCACGAGACGAUCUUUGCCGACUCGACAGUCUCGCCUGACCUAGUAAAUCGGCUGCUCGUUUUCUUCACGCAAAACUUUUGGAGUGCCUUUGUCGAUCUUUUGGCGGGCGCCGAGGCGGUCUCGAACGGAAAUGGAUCGGGCGCGCAGCCGUCCUCGCGGUCGCUCACGGCGCGCUUCUUCGGCGGCGACGAGAAGGCGUGCGACAUUGAAGACGGCGCAAUCCUCUCGUUAUUUCGAGACUUGCUCCGUUUUGACGCAAACGGCGGUCAUGCGCGCGCUCUCAUCGAUUCGCUGGGUAACAAGGAAUUCCUUACGGCGUUCCUGGGAGAAGCUUGCCGAAGCCAACCCGACCGUCUCGAAGCGGCGCUGGAAAUUUGGUUUCGCGACGCAGAAAUAAUUCUGCCAAGUAAGGCGGUCUACAUGGAGCUAUAUAGGAUCACGAAGAUGCACACGAAGACAUCACAGUACGGUGACGCCUUGAGCGGACGACUCGUCGCUCAUUGGAUUCGGUAUCCGCAGGCGCUGCGUUCACUACUCGUUUUGAUUCACAGCGCCGAGGGUACGCUUUCACCCGAGGAAGCGCGUUCGGUAGCGCGCGUGGAAACCGCAUCCGCCCGCGAGAGUGACGCAAUCAAUGCACGACAAUUACGAGAGUUGCUUCGAGGGGGCUUGUCCGCCCCAAUCACAUGGUUCAUAACGUUCUGGCGAAGUCGCAUGGAAUCGACGGACAAAAAAGUCGAUGUCGCAAAAUUCUCGAAAGAGAACUUCGCGGCUGCGUACAGCGAUGUCGACGCACGCGCGGGCAAACAAUUGAACAUGCGUCGCCUGAUUUUUGGCGUUCUUCUCGCCGCGGCGAACGGAGACACAUACGACGCCAAGUACGCGAGCAUUGCUGAAAAAUACGUGCUCCGCCCUGAAGUGGGGGCGAGUACGGAGGCGACGCUAAACGCUCAGGCCAAGGCGCUCCUCGAGAACGCGAAGCGACUCAUCGACGAGCACGGCGAGACGCGGUCCGGCGAUCUUAUGUGGUCGGACCUCGAAGACGCCGCCAUCGCGUUCGCCUUGGCCGCGCUCGCCGAAAAAGGCGGCGGCGCGGGUGCGUUCCAGGUGGACAGAACAACCGCGCUGCGCACGGAAAAUAUGCGGUACGUGUGGGAAGUCGUGCUUCCUUACGUUCGUAGUGCCCGAACGUCGGAGGCAUUGUGUGCUCGCUGGCGGAAGGUGUUGAGCAAAAAGACAGAGAACAAUUCCAUUUCGUACGCGGACGCUCUCGAGCGUUUGAAGAGCGAAACGGCGAAGUACGAGGACAUCGAGCCCAAAGAGAGGGACAAAAAAGCGACGCUCGACGCUCAGGCCAAGGCGCUCCUCGAGAACGCGAAGCGACUCAUCGACGAGCACGGCGAGACGCGGUCCGGCAAGCUUAUGUGGUCGGACCUCGAAGACGCCGUCAUCGUGUUCGCCUUGGCCGCGCUCGCCGAAAAAGGCGGCGGCGCGGGUGCGUUCCAGGUGGACAGAACAACCUGGCUGGGCACGGAAAAUAUGCGGUACGUGUGGGAAGUCGUGCUUCCUUACGUUCGUAGUGGCCGAAUGCCGGUGGCAUUGUGUGCUCGCUGGCGGAAGGUGUUGAGCAAAAAGACAGAGAACAAUUCCAUUUCGUACGCGGACGCUCUCGAGCGUUUGAAGAGCGAAACGGCGAAGUACGAGGACAUCGAGCCCAAAGAGAGGGACAAAAAAGCGACGCUCGACGCUCAGGCCAAGGCGCUCCUCGAGAACGCGAAGCGACUCAUCGACGAGCACGGCGAGACGCGGUCCGGCGAUCUUAUGUGGUCGGACCUCGAAGACGCCGUCAUCGCGUUCGCCUUGGCCGCGCUCGCCGAAAAAGGCGGCGGCGCGGGUGCGUUCCAGGUGGACAGAACAACCUGGCUGGGCACGGAAAAUAUGCGGUACGUGUGGGAAGUCGUGCUUCCUUACGUUCGUAGUGCCCGAACGUUGGAGGCAUUGUUUGCUCGCUGGCGGAGGUUGUUGAGCAAAAAGACAGAGAACGCGCACAUUUCGUACGCGGACGCUCUCGAGCGUUUGAAGAGCGAAAUGGCUGAUCUGCUGCCCCCCAACCGGUCUCUUGAGUCCGUACUGUAG